AUGCAGCAGACUUCAAGCAGGGUGCUCAGAAUUCAAAAGGGAUGGUUCCAUGCUGGCUGCCUCGCGCAGGACCUGGCGCAGAGCCUCUACAGCAACUCCCAUGCGGUGGUGCAGGCAGUUGCCGAAGAGAUCCAUGGAGCCAGCUCUGACAGGAUACAGCCGCUGCUCUUCGUUGUGGACAGCAUCCUCAAGAAGGUGGGCAAGGACUACAAAGUGCACUUCGCGGAUCGCCUUCCCGAAGCUCUAGGUGUGGCCUGCCAGAAGGUCGACCGCGAAAGCCAUGCCUGGAUGAAGAAGAUGGUGGAGGAGUCUUGGCGGAAGCACGAGCUUUUGCCGCUCGGUGUCUUUGACAAGCUGACGGUGGUUUUCCAGCCCCAGGCAGCAGUCACGUUCCAGCCUCCUGUGCAGGCUGUGCCUCCGCCUGUGCCUGUGGCGGCGCAGGCAGUGCCACAAGCACCGACCGCAGCACAGCAGGUGGAUGCCCCGUCAUCACUGGCCUCCAUGGCACUGGAGUCAGACGAGGUAGUGGAACGACGCCUCCAGAUCUUGACGAAGAUCAUCGAGCGCAAGCCGCCAAAGCCCGAUGAACUGCAAGAGAUCAUGAAGGUGCCCGAGAUUCGAAAGGCCAUCGCUAUGCAGCAGAAGAAUCAGCGGCAGGAGGCAAUGGCCAUGCUGUCCCAGUUCAAGCAGGAGCUGGAGCGAAGGCACCAAAAGAUCCUAUCAGAGCGUGACCCGCGGCUUCGAAGUGAGCAGAAGCGCAGCGAUGCCAAGGACCCGCGACUGCAGGACAAGAAGCCUCAAGAUCCGAGGCAUGCUGCGGAGGGCAAAGGCCCCGCGCGGCCUCCAGAUCCACGGCGCCAGGAUGCGGAAACUUCCAAGGAGACCGCAUCAGAGCCGGCCAAGAAACGUGUGAAAGUGGAGGGUGAUGUUGAUCUCACCACCGUCGUCAGCGACGAUGAGGCUGAGGUGGAAAAGAUACCCGACGAUGAGGACAUGCCGCUGGUCCCAACCAGGCAGUUUUUGCAGGGCAUGCCCUCGCUGGGCUUCUCGGAGGCCUGGCUUCGGCAAUUCAUGUCCCAGAUGCCUCGGAAAGGCGAGGCCAGAGAACGACGGCGGCAGCCAGUCGGACGAAAAAUCCUGGGUGCUGCUGGCGAGCAAAUGGUCUAUGUAGAUGCAAUGUCUCCCGGUGAGAUGCUGCUGCUGAUGCAGUUUGUGUUUAUGCUGGAGGAGAAACUCCGGUCCACUGGCCGCUCUGUGGACCUGGCCCAGCGGGUCUCACACAGCUUCAGCUACUUGCAGGUCGACCUUGCCGUUGAUGUGAUGCUGAAGUGGGUCUUUGACGGGCUGCCCUUUCAGUGUGGCACGACAGGACUCCGCUUCGCCAACCGCGAGAAACUGCGACGGCAGAACGAAAGCCUCAAGAAGCGGAAGGAGCUCAGGCAGAUGAACUCCGAGGCCAGAGGCUGGAUGGAUUCCAUCCCAGACUGGGUCGGCAACCGCGACCUCGUUGUGGGCCCUGCGCUGUUCCGGCUUGGGGGUGAUGUCGGCAAGGCUCCUGACCGCAAGGCGGCCCCGGUCGAGGCCCCCGCUUUGGACGAGUUGCCCGAAGAGCGCUGGGAGGUUCCGUGUGAUGAGCGUCGCUCUGUUUGUCCCAUCAGCGGAGAGCGCUUCGACAGGGUUUGGAGCAGCACGCUGAACGACUGGGCUUUCGUCGGUGCCGUGGCUGCUGAGGCGAGUGCAACGCGGCCGUUGAGUUGCACAGAACGUCUACGUGUUCACGCCACACAGAUCGCCAUGUCUUCCGCGGCUCCACUGAGCCAAGCCGCACGUCGACGCAUCUUGGCCGACCUCAAGGGUCUUCAAGAAGAGCCCAUUCCUUUGGCGGCAGCAGCACCGUGCUCGGAUGCUGACUUGAGCCUGUGGAAUGGCGUGAUCGGGACGCAGAUGGAAGUGACACAUCUUGGCUGUGUCACAGUCCCACUCCACUUCUUGAUCGACUUUCCCUGUGACUAUCCGAUGAGUGCACCCAAUAUCGGCUUCUCCUUCGAAUUUCAGUAUCGCGGAGGUGCCUCGUAUGUGCAGCAGGACGGGCGGCUCAAGGGGAAGCUCGUGAUUUGCUUAGACGUCCUUGGCAACUUUG